UCCUCCAUUGGCCACACAACAGGCUCUCUUCAAAGACCACGAGGAGAAAAAGAUGAAUGCAUCGUCGUUUACGCUAACAACGCUGUUCGCAGCGCUCAGCGUAUCGGCGACAUGCCCCAACACAUUUGCCCAGCGCUGCAUGGCCUUUGAGCCCGAGAAGCUCGUCCCCUACGCGACAAGGACCGUUCUCGAGUUUGUCAAGAGCGGCGAGACGCUGCAAUUCCCAGACAAUGUCAAGUCAUGCGGGCGCCCGCAACAGAAAGUCACCGCCGACCUGUGCCGCGUUGCGCUGCACAUUCCCACGUCGAACCGCUCCGAGAUCACCUUUGAGCUCUGGCUGCCCGAGAAGUGGGAGGGCAAUCGCUUCAUAGCGACAGGCAAUGGCGGCAUCGACGGCUGCGUCAAGUAUGAGGACAUUGCCUACGCGUCUCGUCACGGUUUCGCGGCCGUGGGCACAAAUAAUGGCCACAAUGGAUCAACUGGCGAGCUCUUCUACCAUAACCCGGACGUACUCGAGGACUAUGCCCAUCGAUCCCUGCACACGGGGACUACCGUUGGAAAACUCCUUACUGAGCAAUUUUACGCAAAGAAACCAGAUUACUCGUAUUACAUUGGCUGCUCGCUCGGCGGUCGCAUGGGCGUGCACGCUGCCGAAAUGUUCCCCGAAGACUUUGACGGCAUUGUGGCUGGUGCGCCUGCUGUCGAUUUCAACCAUCUACAGGGCCAGCGUGCCAUGUUUUAUCCGAUUACCGGUAAAAAGGGCUCCAAGGACUUUAUCACGGCGGACCAAUGGGGAAAUCUGAUCCAUAGUGAAGUCAUGCAGCAAUGCGACGAGCUGGACGGUGUCAAGGAUGGCAUUAUUGAAGUCGUUGACCGAUGUGUUUUUGACCCAGAGCCUCUGCGGUGCUCAGAGGGUCAACAGAGCACGGAAUGCCUGAAUGAUGCGCAGAUUAAACGGCUCGAGAAGAUUUACGCUCCGUACACGUAUCCCAACGGCACGCUAAUCUAUGCGCGUAUGAACCCGGGCAACGAAAAGUUUGCGACGCAGAAACUACUCGCGGGCGAGCCUUUUCCGUACUCGCAGGACUGGUUCCGUUAUGUUGUACUCAAUGAUCCGUCGUGGGAUGCUCUGACGUAUAAUAUCGAUGACGUGACCAAGGCUGAGGAGCUCAACCCGUUCAAUAUCCGUACGUAUCCCCAGACACUGCCAGAGUUCAAAGCUCGCGGGGGCAAGAUGAUUUCAUACCAUGGCGGCCAGGACAAUCAAAUCACUUCACUUAACACAGAGCGCUUUAUUACGCGCAUGAUGGACGCUGAUAAACAUCUGGCGGAUUAUUACCGCUUCUUCCGUAUUGCUGGGAUGAACCACUGCAACUCAGGCCCUGGCGCAUGGGUGUUUGGUCAAGGUGGCAAUCUUGCUGGUGAAGGCAUUGCGUUUGAUGCUGAAACGAAUGUACUUGCUGCUAUUGUUGCGUGGGUGGAAAAGAAGAAAGCUCCCGAAACAAUUACUGGCACAAAGUUUGUCAACGAUACUAUAUCUCUAGGGGUCGACUUUCAGCGAAGCCACUGCCCGUAUCCAACGGUACAGACUUUCCAAGGAGGCGACUACAAGAAGACCACUAGUUGGAAGUGUGUUUAGAAUAAUGGGUCACAGAAGGAAUAGAAGACAAAAUUGUGUAUACAAAAAAUCUCAUUAUGGAUAUCACAUCUAUAGAAAACAAAAGAAAGGCAUCCGUGCCGUACCGAUACUAAGCAUCAAAACCCUAAACUCCGAUAGUACAAUCCCAAUGCAAAAGAAAGGAUGAAAGAGAGAAACAAAAAAUGUUUACUCGGACCUGGGGGGCCACUUGACGCGCUUCUCAGCACGGAUGUACAAGUUGUUGGGGCGGAUUAGCUGGAAGUAAGGAUCGUACUCGACGGCCUCGGUGUCGGCAGCAACAGUAAACUUGUAGCGCCAGACAAGCUUGGGAAGGAAGACCUUGAUCUCAGCCAGGGCAAAGUUGAAGCCGACACACAUGCGAGGGCCCUGGGCAAAGGGAGUGUAGGAGCCCUGGGGUCUGUUCUUGACGGCGUCGGUGUCCCAUCGGUCGGGGUCGAAGCGGCCGGGGUUCUCCCAGAUCUUCUCGUUGUUGUGGAUGUGGUGGAGGGCAGGGAUGACAAUGGAGUCCUUGGGCAGUCUGUAGCCACCGGGCAAGAUCAUGUCGACCUUGGCGGUACGGCCGGGCUGGUACGAGGGGUUGUGCUUGCGCUGGGUCUCCUUGAUGAACUUGUCCAGGAAGGUCAGCUUGGCGACAAGGUCGGCGUUCAUGACGGUGUCGUCACUGAAGUCGUUGUCGACGAGCUCCUGCAACAGGCGCUCCUGAUUGCCAGGGUAGGUGACCAAGCUGUAGAUGAGCCAGGACAGGAGGGAAGAGGUGGUGGUGAAGCCGGCGCCAGUGGCGACGACGAGGGCGGGGGCAAACUGGUGGGGAGGGAGCUUCAUGCCCUUGGUGUCCUUGGCGCGGAGGAAGUAGUCGACGACGUUCUCGGCCUCGAGAGCAGCAUCCUGAAGCUCGAGGUCGUCCUGGCCCUUGGAGGCGCGGGCAAUAGACUCCAUCAGCAUGGCCUCGACUCUGGCCUUGGUGAAGCGGAGAGUCUUCGGGUCGCCAAAGGGCAUGUUGACCCACCACGAGGGCAUAGUAGAGAUACGCUUGUUGAGUUCGAGGUUCUGGGCAAUGCGGAGGACCAUUUCGUGGAGGGGGGCGUCGACGCUCUCAAAGUGGCCAAAGUCCAUGCCGAGGACAAGUUUGCCGACAGCCUGGGAGCCAAGCUUGAGCAUGUACUGGUAGACGUUCCAGGCCUCGCCCUGCUCGUCGAGCUCGUCAAAGACCUUGAAGGCCUGCUCGAGAGACUUUUGCAUAGAGGGCAUGUAGUGGCGGACGGCCUUGGGGCCGAGGGCGGGAGGCAAGAACUUGUGGGCAAGGCGCCACUCCUCGGUGUCGGUGUCACCAAGGAAAACACCGGCCUCGAGACUCUUGAUGGGGAAGAGGGGGUGGCCGGGGAUAAUCUUCUUGGAGAAGAACUCGCUCUCGGCAAAGACAAUGUUGGCGAGGGUGGGGUCGUUGGUCUGGUAGACGGUGCUGCCCAUGGUGUUGGUGACAAUCAGAGGGCCGUACUUUUCAAACAGACGCUGGUGGUUGCCGAGAUGGUCGGGGAAGAUUUCGAGGUAGUUGCCAAAGUAGGGAAUACCGCUGGGACCGGGAACCUCACGGACAGCCUUGCCAUUGAUGGAGAUGCAGAUGGGCUCGGUCUUGGAUGCAAUAUCUUGGACGGAGGUGAGUC